AUGGCGGCGCUGACGAGUGCUUGGUGUCCGGGCCGGUGGCCGCGGGGUCUCGAGCGGAGUCGCCGCGGCUGAAGUCCCCAGGUACCAUUCGAAGCCGCGCGUGCCCGUCGGAGCCCCGGUGUACAGCCACGCCGGUUCCGGCUUCGGGGGUACCCCGGGCCGACAGGAUAUGGUGCGAAGCGUGCUGCUCCGCCGCUGAACUCGCGGGCCGCGCCCGGCUCGGACGUCCAUCUGGAAGAUGUUCUCGGCGCUGAAGAAGCUGGUGGGGUCGGAGCAGACCCCCGGCCGGGACAAGAACAUCCCCGCCGGGCUGCAGUCCAUGAACCAGGCGCUGCAGAGGCGCUUCGCUAAGGGGGUGCAGUACAACAUGAAGAUUGUGAUCCGGGGGGACAGGAACACAGGCAAAACCGCUCUGUGGCACCGGCUUCAAGGCAAGAAGUUCGUGGAGGAAUACAUCCCUACACAGGAGAUUCAAGUCACCAGCAUCCACUGGAAUUACAAAACGACUGAUGAUGUGGUGAAAGUUGAAGUCUGGGAUGUAGUUGACAAAGGAAAGUGCAAAAAACGAGGUGAUGGCUUGAAGACAGAGAACGACCCCCAGGAGGCGGAGUCUGAAAUGGCCCUGGAUGCUGAGUUUCUGGAUGUGUACAAGAACUGUAAUGGGGUAGUCAUGAUGUUUGACAUCACCAAGCAGUGGACCUUCAACUAUGUCCUCCGGGAGCUUCCCAAAGUGCCAACCCACGUGCCGGUAUGCGUGCUGGGCAACUACCGCGACAUGGGUGAGCACCGAGUCAUCCUGCCAGAUGAUGUGCGUGACUUCAUCGACCACCUGGACAGACCUCCAGGCUCCUCCUAUUUCCGCUAUGCCGAGUCCUCCAUGAAGAACAGCUUUGGCCUGAAGUAUCUGCAUAAAUUCUUCAACAUCCCAUUUCUACAGUUGCAGAGGGAGACGCUGCUGCGGCAGCUGGAGACAAACCAGCUGGACAUUGAUGCCACACUAGAGGAACUGUCGGUGCAGCAGGAAACCGAGGACCAAAACUACAGCAUUUUCCUUGAGAUGAUGGAGGCCCGCAGCCGUGGUCAUGUAUCCCCGCUGGCAGCCAAUGGGCAGAGCCCAUCCUCGGGUUCCCAGUCACCAGUUGUACCUCCAAGUGCUGUAUCCACAGGGAGCUCAAGUCCCAGCACACCGCAGCCUGCCCCCCAACUGCCCUUCAACGCCCCCACAGCCUGCCCUUCAGCAUCAUCCACAUCCCCUGCACCCCCCUUGGAGUCCCUAUCCCCAGCUGCACAGCCCUCAGCCCCAGCUCCAGCUCAGCGUCGCAGUAUCAUCUCUAGGCUGUUUGGAACCUCGCCAGCUGCUGAUGUGACUCCUUCACCUCCAGAGACAGCUUCAGAGGUUCCAUCCAGAGUCCAGAAUGUUGAGGAUUUUGUCCCUGAAGAUGGCCUUGACCGCAGCUUCCUGGAAGAUGCUGCUCUACCUAAAGAUGAAAAGAAAAUCGGAUCCAAAGUUCCCCAGCAAGAUAGUGACAGUGAUGACGGGGAGGCCCUGGGAGGGAACCCAAUGGUGGCAGGUUUUCAGGAUGAUGUGGACCUUGAAGACCAGCCACGUGGCAAACUGCUGCCUUCAGGCCCCAUCCCCAGUAAGAACAUCAGUCUCUCCAGUGAGGAGGAAGCUGAAGGGAUGGCAGGUCCCCCCAGAGUGGCUCUUCAGCAGUGCUCAGAGCCAGAAACAAAACGGUCCUCCAACAAAGCCUCAUGGCCACAGAAGAAGGCAGCUCCCACAGAAGCCACAGCACCCCCCUGGCCAGGUGGUCUUGCUGCUCGCUCAGGACCUGAGCUCGGCAGCACAAAGCCCCUUACUGAGGGCUCUCAUAGAACCCAGGAAGCAAAGGACAAGCAGGUAUCAUCAGAAAGUGAUCCUGAGGGGCCCAUUGCUGCCCAAAUGCUGUCCUUUGUCAUGGAUGACCCUGACUUCGAGAGUGAUGAGUCGGACACACAGCGGAGAGUGGUUCUCCCUCUCCAGGGUGAGUUCCCCGUGAGAGAAGACCUCUCUGAUGUGACUGAUGAGGAUACGGGCCCUGCUCAGCCACCUCCACCCUCCAAGCCCCCAGUCCCCUCCUUCAAACUGAAGAAUGACUCAGAUCUCUUUGGGCUGGGCCUGGAGGAGAUGGGACCUAAGGAGAGCAGUGAUGAAGAUAAGGACAGCAAAUCAACCUCUAAGGAGAAGAAGAAGAAAAAGAAGAAGGACAAAGAGGAGGAAGAAAAGGUUACAAAGAAGAAGAGCAAGCAUAAGAAGAGCAAGGACAAGGAGGAGGGCAAGGAGGAGAGGAAGAAGAGGAGGAAGCCCCCUCGAAGCAAGGAGCAGAAAGCUGCCGAUGAGCUAGAAGCCUUCCUGGGAGGUGGAGCCCCUGGCGGCCGCCACCCUGGAGGCGGGGACUACGAGGAGCUCUAGGCCUUCCUGGGGCAGUUGACUAUCCUGAGAGGGGAGGAGGGAGACUGCUGCUGAGUGGGGAGGCUGCUGCCUGCACACGACCCCAGUACCACCCUGCCACAUCCUGUCCCGCUAUUGUGUCUGCCUCUAUGUGGUCUGGGCCACUCUGCAUUACUUCCAUAAUGGAGGACCAAGCCAGGCUUUGGUGGUCAGGCCCUUGGGCCAGGCGCAGCAAGUGCUGGGCCUCAACCUGGCAGGAUCCUGCUCUGCAGGGAGGGAGGGGCUGCACAGCAAGGCUACCACUGGCUUGGUGGAUCAUCUGGCCCUCUGGGCAGAGCUGCAGCCAGUCCCCAGCAUUUCUCAGGGAUGUGACAGGCCGAGGAGGGACCCACGUGGGUCUGUUUACAGGGGCAGGGUGUGGGUGGGGCUGCUUGGCUUCUCUGACAUCCACCACCCAGCCCCACUCCUGCUUGCCUUCCUGAGCUCUCCUGGGGCCACAGCAUGGCUUGGGCUAUGGACCCCCUUCCCAGUGGACCCAGAGCAGAGCACAGCCCUGUCCUGGGCAGACAUGUAUUCUUGGGAGGACCUGGCAGCAGCUGCAGCAGGAUGGCACACCUCUCCUGGGAGAGGGGUACUAACAGCCUUCCACUGUGUGCCAGCUGCGCCUCUGUCCAUAAGCACCUGCGCAGGUGAGCCUGGAGGGCUCCUCUCAGACACUCCACCCAGACUAUAAAGCUCUGAUUUUACUCA